UGAUCAAAGGAUUCACCAAAAUACUCGGACAUGUGUCCACUACACACGGACAAAAGCUUCUUCUCUCUUCUUUGUCUGAUCUUAGAAAGUUUUCAGUUUUUUACACCUACAUCAAGUUGAUGAAUCGGUCAUGUUUGAUUCUUCUUCUUCUUCUUCUUCUUCUUCUUCAUUAGGACAAAAAAGAUGUUGCAGAGAGCAGCGAGCAAUGCGUAUUCGUGGUGGUGGGCCAGCCACAUACGUACAAAGCAAUCCAAAUGGCUCGAACACAAUCUUCAAGAUAUGGAAGAGAAGGUAGAAUAUACUCUUAAGAUUAUAGAUGAAGAUGGAGACACUUUUGCCAAAAGAGCUGAGAUGUAUUACCUUAAAAGGCCAGAGAUUGUUAAUUUCGUGGAGGAAGCUUUUAGAUCGUACCGGGCAUUAGCUGAACGUUAUGAUCAUUUAUCUAGGGAGCUUCAAAGCGCAAACCGCACAAUCGCCACAGCUUUCCCUGAACAUGUUCAGUUUCCCAUGGAAGAUGAUAGCGAUGAUAACGAAGAUUACGAAGGGAAUCUGCGGAGACCGCCUAAGCAUCUUCAUCUUAUUCCCAAAGGAAGCAACAUACCUGAAGUCCCGGAUAUUCCAAUGAAGAAAGAUUUCAGGAGUCAGUCUAUGAUGUUGUCUAGAAAAGGACCAGCUGGUCUGAGGACAGUAUCUUCUGCACUAGCUAAGCGGGAAGCGGCGGUUGUGAGUUCGGGAUUGAGUAAAGAAGAGGGCUUGGAGGAGAUUGAUAAGCUUCAGAAGGGGAUUUUGGCAUUGCAGACUGAGAAGGAGUUUGUGAGGAGCUCUUAUGAGCAGUCUUAUGAGAGGUAUUGGGAUUUGGAAAAGGAAGUGACAGAGAUGCAGAAGAAGGUUUGUAACUUACAAGAUGAGUUUGGUCUUGGUGCUGCGAUUGCUGAUAGUGAUGCUAGGACCUUGAUGGCGAGCACCGCCUUGAGCUCUUGUAAGGACACACUUGCUAAGCUAGAGGAGAGACAGAAGCAGUCUGUUGAAGAAGCAGAAAUUGAGAAGGGAAGGAUCAAGACUGCUAAAGAAAGGUUUGAUGCAUUGAGGAACAAGUUUGAGAAAUCAGAAAGCGAUGAUCAUGAUGAGGUUAUUAUGACAGAAACAGAAGAAGGUGCUGUGGUUCAAGAAUCGAGCUAUGAAUCUGAGAAAGAAGAAUCAAACGAGAAUUUUACUAUUGUGAAACUUGCAGAGAAGAUUGAUGAUCUUGUGCAUAGGGUUGUUUCAUUGGAGACCAAUGCCUCGUCUCAUACUGCAUUGGUGAAGACAUUAAGAUCAGAGACAGAUGAGUUACAUGAACAUAUCCGUGGUCUAGAGGAGGACAAGGCGUCUCUUAUUUCAGAUUCCACGGAAAUGAAACAGAGGAUAACAGUGCUUGAAGAGGAGCUGAGAAAUGUUAGAAAACUAUUCCAGAAAGUGGAAGAUCAAAACAAGAAUCUACAGAACCAAUUCAAGGUAGCCAAUAGGACCGCUGAAGAUUUAUCUGGCAAGUUGCAAGAUGUGAAGAUGGAUGAAGAUGUCGAAGGAGCUGGAAUUUUCCAGGAACUGCCAGUUAUUUCAGGAUCAGAAGAUUCUCGCGAUGAAUUGAAGUCAAUCUUAACAGAGACUGGAGUGAGGAGGAGUAUGGAGGGUAGGAAGAAAGAUGCAGAAACUGUAGUUAGAGAGGGUGAAGACGGUGGUGGAAGAUCUCAAGAAGAGAAAUCAGAGAUGAAAGAUUCUUUUGCUUUAUCAGAAACCGCAAGCACUUGUUUCGGAACAGAAGCAGAAGAUCUGGUGACGGAAGACGAAGAUGACGAGACGCCAAACUGGAGGCAGUUGUUACCAGAUGGCAUGGAGGAUAGAGAAAAGGCUCUGUUAGAUGAAUACACAUCAGUGCUAAGGGAUUAUAGAGAAGUAAAGCGAAAGUUAGGUGACGUUGAGAAGAAGAACCGGGAAGGAUUCUUUGAGCUAGCAUUACAGUUGAGAGAACUCAAGAAUGCUGUUGUGUACAAAGACGUAGAGAUUGAUUCAUUACGCCAAAAACUCAACUCGCCAGGGAAAGAUUCACCACAUCAAACAGAAGGAAAUAACCAGUUGGAACAUGAUCAAGGACAGCACGAAAGUGUGAGCAUCUCCCCAACUUCUAACUUUUCGGUUUCCACUACGCCGCAUCAUCAAGGAGGAGAUGUGAAGAGAACACCUGGAAGAACAAAGCCUAAUGAGGUUAGAGUGAAAUUUGCAGAUGUUGAUGACAGCCCGAGAACAAGAAUAUCAACUGUUGAAGACAAAGUACGUGCUGAUAUUGACGCAGUGUUGGAAGAGAAUCUCGAGUUCUGGUUAAGAUUCAGCACAUCAGUACAUCAGAUACAGAAGUACCAGACAACAGUUCAAGAUCUGAAAUCAGAGCUAUCGAAACUGAGAAUCGAAAACAAGCAACAGCUGGAAUCUCCGAGAAGUAGUAGUAAUACUGCAGGUGCAUCAGAAGCAAAGCCUAUCUAUAGACACCUAAGAGAGAUUCGAACAGCUCUACAGUUAUGGCUAGAGAACAGCGCAGUUCUUAAAGAUGAACUCCAGGGAAGGUAUGCAUCGUUAGCUAAUAUUCAAGAAGAGAUCGCAAGAGUCACUUCUCAAUCGGGUGGCAGUAAAGUCAGUGAUUCAGAGAUUAGUGGUUAUCAAGCUGCAAAGUUCCAUGGAGAGAUACUUAACAUGAAGCAGGAGAACAAAAGGGUCUUGACUGAACUUCAAUCGGGUCUUGAUCGUGUAAGAGCGUUGAAAACUGAAGUAGAGAGAAUUUUGAGUAAACUGGAAGAGAAUCUUGGGAUAUCAAGUGCAACCGAAGCAAGAACAACUCCGAGUAAGAGCUCGUCGAGUGGAAGACCAAGGAUUCCAUUACGGUCAUUCUUGUUUGGUGUCAAGUUAAAGAAGAAUAGACAACAGAAGCAAUCUUCUUCGUCCCUCUUCUCUUGUGUCAGUCCAUCUCCAGGUCUGCAUAAGCAGUCUAGUUACAGUAGGCCACCUGGAAAGCUCCCAGAAUAAUCCAUCAAUCAUGUCUUUUGUUAUCUUAUUUUUCAGUACGUUGUUUUUCUAGCUUUUCUGUCUUGUACCUGUGGAAGAACCAAUGAGAUGCAAAUCAAAGUGUAUGUUUUUGCUU